AUAUAUAUAUAUAUAGUGCAGAGUAUUAGUCCCAGCUUUGUUAUUAAUUAAUUGUGAUCUCUAGUGUGACCAUGGCCAGUUGUAUGGUUUUUGCAUGUUACAAUAUUGUUAUAGGAAUAGUGGUGGCGCUAGGGAGUUUAACAGGUGCCGAGGCAAAACGUGCGUUCUUUGUGUUUGGGGAUUCGCUUGUGGAUAAUGGCAACAACAACUUUCUGGCCACUUCAGCUCGAGCAGAUUCUCCUCCUUAUGGCAUUGAUUACCCAUCUGGCAGACCCACUGGCCGUUUCUCUAAUGGCUACAACAUUCCUGACUUCAUCAGUCAACAACUUGGCGCCGAAUCCACAUUGCCUUAUCUAAGUCCUGAGCUCAACGGGGAAAGAUUGCUUGUUGGUGCCAACUUUGCUUCUGCUGGUAUUGGAAUUCUCAAUGACACUGGAAUCCAAUUCGUAAACAUAAUCAGAAUAUACAGACAAUUGGAAUACUUCGAAGAAUACCAGCAGAGAGUGAGUGCUCUGAUAGGAGCUGAGGCGACUGAGCGCUUAGUAAAUGGAGCAUUAGUCCUAAUCACUCUUGGAGGCAAUGAUUUUGUGAAUAAUUAUUACUUGGUGCCUUUCUCUGCAAGAUCCCGCCAAUACAACUUACCAGAUUAUGUCAAGUAUCUUAUCUCUGAGUAUAAGAAGAUUCUGAGGAGGCUAUACGAUAUUGGAGCACGUAGGGUUCUGGUGACGGGAACAGGCCCAUUGGGUUGUGUUCCGGCGGAAUUGGCCCAGAGAGGCAGAAAUGGUGAAUGUUCAGCUGAGUUGCAGCGUGCUGCGUCAUUGUUCAACCCUCAACUUGUUCAGCUAAUCAGCCAACUCAAUAGCGAAAUUGAUUCCAAUGUCUUCAUUGGAGUCAACACGCAACUCAUGCACACUGACUUCGUCACUAACCCUCAAGCAUAUGGAUUUAUUACAGCAAAAGUAGCAUGCUGCGGUCAAGGACCCUAUAACGGUCUUGGACUGUGCACCGUGGCAUCCAACUUGUGCCCUAACCGUGACAUCUAUGCGUUUUGGGAUGCUUUUCAUCCUUCAGAAAGGGCUAACAGCUUCAUCGCUCGAAAGAUAUUUUCAGGUACCACAGAGUAUAUGUAUCCGAUGAAUCUCAGCACCAUUUUGGCUUUGGAUUCCAAGAACUAGAUAGAUAAUCAAGAAUUAAAUAUCAUUUUAGUAUCGCGUCGUCUCUUAAUUUUGUUUCUAGCAAAAAGUCUACAUGGUUAAUUUGUGAUAUAUAUAUAUGUGUUGAAAUUUGGUGUGUCAUGUAAAGCAAUCUCCAAGUGAUAUAGUGUGUCACUGAGUAGUAUUUUGAAAUGUGGUGAUGGAUGGAUGAUGGUCUUCCUUCUCAUAUUUCUCUUGGGCAGUACAAAAGAAAUACUGCAUAUAUAAUAAUUGAGUGUUUUUUAUUUUAA